CGUUUGCUGCGGGGCUGAGGCUGGAGCGGGCGGGGAGGGGCGCGGCGGGGGGAGUGCGGAGGAGGGCGGAGGCGGCGGCGGCGCGUGUGGCUGGCGGGCUGGCGGGCGGUUGGCACCGGGCUUGUAAAUAAACUGCGAUGCUGUCUCGGGCUCGCCGGCCCGGGUGCCGCCGCCGCCGCCGCCCCGGAGCGCCGGUGCCAGGCUCCCGCCGCCGCGCGCCCUAGCGCCUCCGCGCCAGCCUCGCGCGCCCUCGCCCGCUCCCCGCAGUCCGCGGCUCGCGCCCCUCGGGGUCCCGCGGCUGACCUGUGCGGGAUGUGACCCCUUCCCGCUGCCUGGCCUCCCCUGCCCCCCGGGGGGCCCUCCUUUGCUUGCUUUUGGGGGGGGGGGGUGGGGAGCGGCGCGCGGAUCAUGGCAUUGGAGUUCCUGGGCUUGCAGCCGCCGCCGCCGCCUCAUCCACGCACCCCGAGCGCCCCUUCUUCCAGGAGCAGCAGCGGAGAAGGCGAAGCGGCCGGCGGGGGCGAGGCAGAUGGGGCUCAAGGCGCGCAGGGCGGCGGGGGCGGCGGGGGCGGCUGCCGGCGGCGGCGACGGGGGCGGCGGCGGCGGGGCCGCUAACCCCGCCGGAGGGGACGCGGCGGCGGCCGGCGAUGAGGAGCGGAAAGUGGGGCUGGCGCCCGGCGACGUGGAGCAAGUCACCUUGGCGCUCGGGGCCGGAGCUGACAAAGACGGGACCCUGCUGCUGGAGGGCGGCGGCCGCGACGAGGGUCUGCGGAGGACCCCGCAGGGCAUCGGGCUCCUGGCCAAGACCCCCCUGAGCCGCCCCGUCAAGAGGAACAACGCCAAGUACCGGCGCAUCCAAACUUUGAUCUACGACGCCCUCGAGAGACCGCGGGGCUGGGCGCUGCUCUACCACGCGCUCGUGUUCCUCAUUGUCCUGGGAUGCUUGAUUCUGGCCGUGCUGACCACAUUCAGGGAGUACGAGACCGUUUCGGGAGACUGGCUGCUGUUACUGGAAACAUUUGCUAUUUUCAUCUUUGGAGCCGAGUUUGCUUUGAGGAUCUGGGCUGCCGGGUGUUGCUGCCGCUACAAAGGCUGGCGGGGAAGGCUGAAGUUUGCCAGGAAGCCCCUGUGCAUGCUCGACAUCUUCGUGCUGAUCGCCUCUGUGCCGGUCGUUGCCGUGGGAAACCAGGGCAAUGUGCUGGCCACGUCCCUGCGCAGCCUGCGUUUCCUGCAGAUCCUGCGGAUGCUGCGGAUGGACCGCCGGGGCGGCACGUGGAAACUCCUGGGCUCGGCCAUCUGUGCCCACAGCAAAGAGCUCAUCACCGCCUGGUACAUUGGGUUCCUGACGCUCAUCCUUUCUUCAUUUCUUGUCUACCUGGUUGAGAAAGAUGUGCCAGAGGUUGAUGCCCAAGGAGAAGAGAUGAAGGAGGAAUUUGAGACCUAUGCAGAUGCCCUUUGGUGGGGCCUGAUCACACUGGCCACCAUUGGCUACGGAGACAAGACACCCAAAACAUGGGAAGGCCGCCUGAUUGCGGCCACCUUCUCCUUAAUCGGUGUCUCCUUUUUCGCCCUUCCAGCAGGCAUUCUGGGGUCGGGACUGGCACUCAAGGUACAGGAGCAGCACCGGCAGAAGCACUUUGAGAAAAGAAGGAAGCCGGCCGCUGAACUCAUCCAGGCUGCCUGGAGGUAUUAUGCUACCAACCCCAACAGGAUUGAUCUUGUGGCAACAUGGAGGUUCUAUGAAUCAGUCGUCUCUUUUCCGUUCUUCAGGAAAGACCAGCUGGAAGCAGCAGCCAGCCAAAAGCUGGGUCUCUUGGAUCGGGUUCGCCUUUCUAAUCCUCGUGGUAGCAAUACUAAAGGAAAGCUAUUUACCCCUCUGAAUGUAGAUGCCAUAGAAGAAAGUCCUUCUAAAGAACCAAAGCCUGUGGGCUUAAACAAUAAAGAACGUUUCCGCACCGCCUUCCGCAUGAAAGCCUACGCUUUCUGGCAGAGCUCCGAAGAUGCUGGGACAGGUGAUCCCAUGGCGGAAGACAGGGCCUACGGGAAUGACUUCCUCAUUGAAGAGAUGAUCCCCACCCUGAAGGCCGCCAUCCGAGCCGUCAGAAUCCUACAAUUCCGUCUCUAUAAAAAAAAAUUUAAGGAGACUUUGAGGCCUUACGAUGUGAAGGAUGUGAUUGAGCAGUAUUCUGCAGGACAUCUUGACAUGCUUUCCAGGAUAAAGUACCUUCAAACCAGAAUAGACAUGAUUUUCACCCCUGGACCUCCAUCUACCCCAAAACACAAGAAGUCUCAGAGAGGGGCAGCGUUCACCUACCCAUCUCAGCAGUCUCCCAGGAAUGAACCAUAUGUAGCCAGAGCAUCCACUUCGGAAACUGAAGACCAAAGCAUGAUGGGAAAGUUCGUGAAAGUCGAAAGACAGGUUCAUGACAUGGGGAAGAAACUGGACUUCCUGGUAGAUAUGCACCUGCAGCACAUGGAAAGGCUGCAGGUGCACGUCACGGAAUACUACCCGACCAAGGGGACCUCCUCACCUGCAGAGGUGGAGAAGCUAGAGGACAACAGAGAUUCAGAUCUAAAAACCAUCAUCUGCAACUAUUCUGAGAAGGGCCCCCCCGAGGCCCCCUACAGCUUCCACCAGCUGCCCCUGGACAAAGUCGGCCCCUUUGGGUUUUUUGCCCAUGACCCUGUGAACCUGCCCCGAGGAGGACCCAGUUCUGGAAAGGUUCAAGCAACACUUUCCUCCUCAGCAGCAACGUAUGUGGAAAGGCCCACUGUCCUGCCUAUCUUGACUCUUCUCGACUCCAGAGUGAGCUACCACUCCCAGGCUGAACUGCACGGCCCCUGCUUGGACCGGGUCUCCCCCAGACAGAGACAGAGCAUCACGCGGGACAGUGACACGCCCCUGUCCCUGAUGUCGGUUAACCAUGAGGAGCUGGAGCGGUCUCCAAGUGGCUUCAGCAUCUCCCAGGACAGAGAUGAUUACAUGUUUGGCCCGAGUGGGGGAUCGAGCUGGAUGAGGGAGAAACGUUACCUCGCCGAGGGUGAGACAGACACGGACACGGACCCCUUCACCCCCAGUGGCUCCAUACCUCUGUCAUCCACAGGGGAUGGGAUUUCUGAUUCAAUGUGGACCCCUCCCAACAAGCCCAUUUAGAAGGGGUCGUGGGCUGAGUUCUCCUUGUAAUGUAGACAGACUUUGUAUAGCUCACUUGCUCUCACACCCGACACUUGACGGUGAGAUCACCAGUAGCUGCAUCAAACACAUGCAUGUGCGUGGCGGCCCCCCACCAGGGCAGGGGCUUCUCACGGCCUUCCUCCUCCCCAGGUCACCACAGUGAAGCUGCUUCCUUUUAAGCAUGGUUUGCAUGACUUUACAAUAUAUAAAUGGUACCGCUAAUCUCUUCUAGGAUAUACAUUUAUCUGCUGUUCUUAAUUUAAAUCAUUAUUGGACCAGGAUGGGGAGAAAUUAUCGAUGAGCUGUGCUAUCUGUCCGUUUGGUUGACUGCUUUGGGUUUUGGUUUGGUAAGCAGGGAAUGUAGUUUAAGUUCUUUCUCGAACCACUGCCCCUUUGUGUAAAACAGACCAGUAAUUAACUGUUUUCUAGAGUAAGCAAAUAGUUUGGGAACAAAAAUGCAUUGCGAAUCAAAGAGGUGGCCGACUGAGCUAAAACACUAAGGAAGAAAUAAGACGGUCAUUGCAUAUCCAAAGCCACGAUUUUUUAAAAUUAUUUUUUGGGAAAAACUAACAAAACCAUCUAAACGCUCUCAAAGGGACCUCAUUUUCCCUGCCGUGGUCUGUGUCCUGCCUGUUCCCUCAUCCCUGGUAAUCCCACGUGUAGCAUUUCGAGGGAGUUAUGAAUUGGCGGGGAGAGAACACACACACAAGUUCAAAUAGUUUCCAAUUUAUGUAGCCAAAGAUAAUGAAAUUUAUCAGAAGUAGGGUGCCCUCUGGACAGGAGCUAAGAUCAGUGCCUUUAAAAUGAGGUUUCAACUCACAUUCCUCCCCAUGGUACUUGUACAAAAUAUCCAUCUCAAAUGAAAAUUAGAAACCAGAAAUUAUCUGGUCCAAGUUUUCCUUUGUAAAAGUGAGAAACCUUUGGCUCGGGUAGAGACAAGCCUGGGGUCACCUCAUUGUCCCCUGGAAAUCUGGGACUCAAAGCUGGCUCACUCAAUGCCCUGGUCUCCUGAUACCACACAACUCUGCCCCUUAUACAGUGGGACCCAGAAAUUGUGCCAAGAUACCUGGACUCUGUCGUGUAGCAAGCACCCACACCACAAUUUUUUCAGCAGGAGGGGGCUGUUUGCUCUUACUGCAAAAAUUGCUUGCUUGAUGCCUUGCAUUUUGGUUCUAGGAGAAUAAAACAAACACUUCAAGCAAGCAAACUUCAACAUUUAUUAGUAUGCAAAUGGGCAAAAUUUUCAGAACCAUCCAGUUUUACUCCUCCAGAUUUUUUUAAGUGACAAGUAGCCAUAAGAUUAGCCCAAGUGUAAGCAGAGCCCCUGGAGAGCACUGCCCAAGUGAGUAAGUAUUAAUAUUAAGCACAAGCCAUCCUCUGGCCUCUUAUGAGGUGUCACUACUUUCUGAAACACUUAGGUGGAAAAGGUUUCUGUUAGGUUUGGGCUAGAUUAGCUAAAUUAUGACAUGACAGUAUCACUGUCUAGCUCUUAUCCCAUAUCUAAGCACUGGUUAUGGGUGGUUGCCAUGGUUACCAUCAAAAUGAUCAAGAGGGCCUAACCAUCUACACGCAAAUGAUACUGAUGUUUUCCUCAGUCUUGUCAAGAGCUGUGGUAGCUGUGGCAGACAUCUGGUUGCUGCUUUCAUCAUGACCUGAUGCAGGAAACUUGUACUUUGUUGGAGAGAACUAGUUUCUCAGAUCUUGGUUUCUUUCAACCCACAAAUCAACAGUACUGUGCAAAAGACUCAGAGUACCAUAAUAAUGAAGGUGUGGUCCCUGACUUUAGAAAUCGUCAACAAAAGCCUGCCAUUUUUACAUGGAGAAUCUCACAAAUAGAGAGGCAUCGGCAUUGAAGUCUAAGGUGGGAAAUAUACAAGAAUGAUCAUGCAAUUCAGACCUGAACCCUCUCCUGUCCUAUGGUUUCGCAUUUGACCUUCUAGCAACCUGAAGGACAAAGGGAAUGGAUUAUAUGCAUGAAAGUGCCAUUGGAGUUAAUGACCUAAGAAACCCUGUGCCCCUUCCUUAGGGUUUGGUUCUUGCUUCUGACCCUCCUAGAAUCUUUUACUAUAAGUGAUUGAGCUACUUAUCGUCUAAUAUGUUACUGUGUUUUUCUUUAUGUACGUGAAUAAUUUGAGACAAAAAAAAAAUGGAGAAUGACUCAAACUCUCCACAUAUGCACAAAUUAUGUUUACCUACUUUAUUAAUAUUCUUACAGAACUGACAGGCCUCGGUGUCCUACCAACAGAUGCAUUUGCCAGGAUCUCAAUAGAGUUCUCAGGUGGACAAGUGAGACUUUUCAUCCUCAAGCUAAAAAUAGUUAUCAUGGAUCCAAAGUUAGAGGACAGCCUUAGGUUCUUUGAAAAACCUACAAAGGAUAAGAGUUCGUAUUAUUUCUUAAACCAUAGGAGGGCAGUCUAACCUCCUCUGCUGGAUCAUAAGGCCAGGAUGACAGGGAUUGAUUGGGUUUAUGUCUGUUACCAUCACAUCUCCAACAUGUGGUAAGCUGUCAUUAUCAGUGUAGACAAAGACAAAAUACGUGAUCAUGAAUAACUAAAUGAUAAGGCUUUUUAAGAGCUGUUCUUUCCCAUCUAAGAAAAAAGAGAAAAAUGGACUUCUUGAAUAUUCAGUUUUGAUAUCCUUUUAAAAGGAAAAAAAAAAAAAAAAGACCAUUCCAGAAAAACAAGCCAAAACUAUUGAAGUCACCUGCUCACAGAUAACAUCAUCACCUAGCUUGCAUUGAUGGAGAAGAAACUCAAGGUAUAGGACUGAACUUAAGUUAUGGGGAGAAACAAUGUGUGCCUCCCUAAGGAUCUUUCUGUCAGAAAAAAAGAAGAGCAUGAUGGAAAAAUCCAACGGAACUGGUUAAUAAUGUGGCCUAAGAUCAUCUUGCUUCAGAUAUACUAGUGGUCCUGAAGCUGGCUGGGGAAACGACAGUAGUUUUAGCAAAAUCCCAUGAAAUCAUGACAAAUUAAUUCCAUUGUAAAAACUAGGAAUAAUUUCCUUAAGUGGAAGUGUAAUCCCAUUAUAGGUGUUCCAUCUCUGUGUAUCACAAUACGAUAUAGGAAGACUUUAAGAAGUCAUUUUUUAGGAGGAUCAAAAUGAAUGAGAGAAAGCUAUCUUCUGAAUGUUAGGUAAGAGGUGACCAGUCGGGCUGAGAAGAAAGUACUUGAGAUCAAUGUGCAUUUUGACCAUCAAACACCAGCACACAAGCAAACCUGAAAAUUUUAAGGAAAAUAAUUGUGGGAAGAAAAGAAAAGAAAAAAAAGCAUCAACUUGAGCAAGUUCUAUUCACUGACUAUACUUUUACUGGGAACUGAGAGCUUGGACUUAGUAGAUAGAACAAUGAUAUAUUGAAACUCUAGUUUCAGUGAAAGAAUCUUGAAAACUGCCAAGAUAUACUAUAGUUUAAGAUGAGCUCAUUAGUCAAUAAUUAAAGCAUUAUGCUUUGCCUGUAUUGUGCAGGGAAGUUCCCAGACACUGUAAGUUGAAAGAAUAAUUAAUUGUAGGAAAUCCUAUUAUUAUAGGAUCUACUCACAAUUUGCAAGGCAAUUCUUCUAAAUCCAUGCCACUCUACUGAUAAUAUAAAAACAUGUGUUUGUUUAUUCAUUUACGAGAUUUACUAAGCACCAUUGUCUUCUAGGCACUAUGUAACACACUGGAAAUUCAGAGGUAAGAAAACUGCAGGUCCUGCCACCAAAAAGCUAGGAAUCUGGUGGCCUCAAAUAUUGGAGUUCCCUUCAAACUAUGUCUACCAGGAAUGGAAAGUAUCUGAUUUUAUCCCUGAAGACAACUACACAGAUAGGAGCUCUUCCUCACUUAGAAUCAAUGGGAGAUUGAGCAUGGAGUAAAGUGAAAGCAAGAAUUCUCCAUCAAAAUGGUAAUGACCCCAUCAGCUCAGGGAAGACUGAGUGGUUGAAUGAGUGGUUUCAGUUUGGGUUCAGUGCUUUCAGCUUUAUAGCUCCAAAUACAUUGUAUACAAAGGAGGCUUUAGAGUAUCAGAACUUUCUAUAGUAUCUAGCUUUUCUAGAGUAUCAGAGCUUUCUCCUCCUCUUCAAAUCCCUACAAUGAUUGAGUCCAGACAAGAAGCUGGGUUACUUCCAUUUCACUGUGUUGACCAAGAGAAGCUUAUGGUACAAACCAAGACACAACAUCUAUUUCAAGAAAAAGGUGUCCCUCUGUCUGUGGUACUCUGCUAAUAAAAUUCUCCUGGAGCAAGAGUAGAAAUCUGUUCAGUGGUCUAAAAAGUUGACUGCACUUUGGACAGUACUGACAAGCACACCCCCGCUUAUCCCAGAAGCUGCCCUGCAGCUGGUCUUUGUUUUCUGUGAAUAUGCUCUCGAGGCACUUAGGACCCUAUGGAUUUUCUUUGUUUUCUCAACCCCAGGCAUCCUUAGGAAUUUGCCUCAUGUCCUCACUCAUCCUUGAAGGCUUGCUUAUUUGGGGAUGAACUUUUUAAAAGAUCAGAAGGCCUUUACUUGUAUCCAAAUCACCCAGUGUUCCACUGCUACUGAUAUUAUGCUACUCAAAACCAAAUCAAUGGUCCCCUAAACAAGUCCUCUAACCUGACGUUGAGGUGAGAACAUGCUAGGGACCAGGCUAUCUCUAUAGUUUUAGUGGUUUGGGAAGACCAACAGUGGGAAUCUCAAAGAGACAGGAAGGGUAUAGACAUGGCAUGGAUGAAAAUUUGAGACACUUACAAGUAUUUGACUUUCUAGGUCUGUUUUGACUUUCAAAUGGAACAGUUGGUAUAUGUAAAGACUCUAAUACAUAUACACAUACAUAUGGGGACUGUCAUACGUAU